UUACCGUGCUCCCCGAGCUGUACGGCCCGCUUGGCGCUUUCGGUUAAAAAAAAAAAAAAAAAAAAAAAUUCAGAGGUGGCCGAGAAGGAAAGGGUUAACCGUUGUCUUUACAUAUUCAUAUCAUUGUUUUAAAGGUGUAAACAUGCAGCUUUGGGGUUGGAGUUGAAGACCUCUUAUUAUGCAAAUAUACUCCCCUCCGUUAAUUGCGAUUUUCCCCCAAGCACACCCCCCUCCCCCCGUUUUUUCCACCCCCACCCUCCAAGUUUGCAAGGUUCGGAUGUAUGAUGUGUGUCCCUCAUUCCAUUUGGAAUUUUUAAAACUUAAGAGUGCUUUCUGGACUUAAGCUGUUGUAGACAUUUAUCCUCUUAAAAAUCUGGGGAAAUAGAAGUUAUGUUUGAAAGGAAGUUAGUCCGCCCCCCCCCAGUUCCCCGCCUCUUUUGGGGGGGGUAGUGUUGGAGGUAGGAAAAUAACUGGAUGCCUCGUGAGUUGGAUUUUUUUUCCCCCCUGGUAGGAGUGAGGCGGUGUUAAAUACGAGGCGUUUUGCGAGGAAACGACUGUUUUGUUCCAAACUCUAGCUAAAGUCGGGGUGUUCUGGGUCUUUUCCUAACUCUAAAAUGGCUUCAGAAUUCGCCUCUAGGUAAUUUGCUUUGCUCUCCUGCCACCUUCCUCCUGGAAAGGCGGUGUUCUUGGAAUUUUGGAAGAUUUAGUUCUGUUCAGUUGUAGGCUUCAAACUGAAAUGAUUGCUCACCCCAGACAUGUUUUUUGUGAGGACAGUUUGGAUUACCGCCCAAACUCGGGCUUUGUGAGAUUUAUUUUAUUUAUUUAUUUUGUGUGUAUGAGAGAGAUUAAUUUUAAAUGAGUGAUGUGGUUCCCAGGGGAUAGAAAACUCUAUAAAGGGGAAUUAUGUUCUUAAUCAUAAAUUUUAUAGGGGAAACUGACCCUAAAACUUGGGGUGUCUGUAAUUCUGUGCCCAAUAAAGUAUCAAUCUGGAGGCUGGUCAACCCUGGGAGCCCAUGUAAGACUUCAGACUUAAAAGGGCUUGCUCUAGAAACUUCCAGGGGUACCGAGUACUGUAAGUGCUAGUGAUUUAGUACAGUUAACGUUCUCAUUUUAGUUCGGCAACCAAACGGAGCAAGCAUAUUUUGCCCAUGAUGUGUGUGUACUGGUUUUUUGGGCGGGAUGUUUGCUUUCUAGGAAAGAGUACUGCGUUAAACGUUAGAAAACUUUCCACCGCGCGCUCUCUUGGAGAAAAUUAAUCGUGGUGUGUUAAACAGCCGUUCCACUUUUCUUUCAAGUUCUGUUCUUUAGUCAGGCUUCCUUAGUUUUGGGUCACGUUGUACUUCUGGCUCAGAAUGAAAACCUGCUUUUUUCUAAAAUUGAAUUGAGCAUCACGAAGAAUUUCAUCAAAUGCGUUUCCGUCCGCGUCCUUUGCCCGCACCGUGGCUAAUGGGCGUUUUAUUUUUCUGUGUGAGACAGCAGAAGAUACUGAAAGGUUUUCCAGAAAAGUCACUUUAGCCAAGACUUGAUUUCUAAACCGUUGCGCUUCUCGGUUGACAGAUGAAGUGACUAGAAGUUUUCUCGUGAUGCUGGCCGUCAGAAGAGCCUCUGGGACUUACUGCUCAAGAUGGCCUUGUGUCGUGUGCCAGCUGGCCCGCGGUGCCUUCUUGGGGGCGGGGGUGGGGUGGGGUGGGGGGGCGGCGUCCUGGCUGCCCAUCAGAGCCACAGUCCCAGCAACAGACAUCAGAGCUUCCCUAGAAGAUGUCUGUGAUGGUGGAUCUGUAAAGAAACCAGCCGGCUAGGAGAGGGAGGGGAGGAGCCCAGGCGUGAGGUGUGUGCGCCCAAGAACCAUGUCUACGCGGGAGUCCUUUAACCCGGAAAGUUAUGAAUUGGACAAGAGCUUCCGGCUAACCAGAUUCACUGAACUGAAGGGCACCGGCUGCAAAGUGCCCCAAGAUGUCCUGCAGAAACUGCUGGAAUCCUUACAAGAGAACCACUUCCAAGAAGAUGAGCAAUUUCUGGGAGCCGUGAUGCCAAGACUUGGCAUCGGAAUGGAUACUUGUGUCAUUCCUUUGAGGCACGGCGGUCUUUCUUUGGUUCAAACCACGGAUUACAUUUAUCCCAUCGUCGAUGACCCUUACAUGAUGGGCAGGAUAGCAUGUGCCAAUGUCCUCAGCGACCUCUACGCGAUGGGGGUCACGGAAUGUGACAAUAUGCUGAUGCUCCUUGGAAUCAGUAACAAGAUGACGGACAGGGAAAGGGAUAAAGUGAUGCCCCUAAUUAUACAGGGUUUUAAAGACGCAGCUGAGGAGGCAGGGACGUCUGUGACAGGCGGCCAAACAGUGUUAAACCCCUGGAUUGUUUUGGGAGGAGUGGCUACAACUGUCUGCCAGCCCAACGAAUUUAUCAUGCCAGAUAACGCGGUACCGGGGGACGUGCUUGUGCUGACGAAGCCCCUGGGGACGCAGGUGGCCGUGGCCGUGCACCAGUGGCUCGAUAUCCCUGAAAAAUGGAAUAAGAUCAAACUAGUGGUCACGCAGGAGGAUGUAGAGCUGGCGUACCAGGAGGCAAUGAUGAACAUGGCGAGGCUCAACAGAACAGCUGCAGGACUCAUGCACACGUUCAAUGCCCACGCUGCCACUGACAUCACGGGCUUUGGAAUUUUGGGCCACGCACAGAACCUGGCCAAACAGCAGAGGAAUGAGGUGUCCUUUGUGAUUCACAACCUUCCCGUCCUGGCCAAGAUGGCUGCUGUGAGCAAGGCCUGUGGAAACAUGUUCGGCCUCAUGCAUGGGACCUGCCCGGAGACCUCAGGAGGCCUCCUAAUCUGUUUACCGCGUGAGCAAGCUGCUCGAUUCUGUGCAGAGAUAAAGUCUCCCAAAUACGGGGAAGGUCACCAAGCAUGGAUUAUUGGGAUCGUAGAGAAGGGCAACCGCACGGCCAGAAUCAUAGACAAGCCCCGGAUCAUCGAAGUCGCACCACAGAGGCUUCCUUCUGUCUUAACCCACCAAACAGUAAGGAGGGGAUUGCUCUCAUUAAGCACAAGUGCACUGACGGCUCAAGUGUCUGCCUAAGAGAAAAAGCACCCCCGUCCCUGCAAGUUUCUGAAUGCCUCCUGCUUACAGGCACCCAAGCCGUGAGAACAGCCCCUCUUCUUGCCAAAGGAAACCACCCCUCAAGAGAGGACGCCCCCGGAAGAGGCUUCACCGUGGAUGCGCCCUCCGCCCGGAGCCAGAGGGCAGCCGUUUUGCGGGCAUGACUGGAACUCAAGCCAUACGUGCGGGUGUGCGGGACCUCAAGGGCCGCUAAGGAACUGACACUGAUUGGACGUUUUCUAGGGAUUUAUACAGAUGUUGGUCCUCAAAAGCUACAAACCAGUGGUCUACAAAAUAAAAUGUGUUGGAAACCUCUGAGUAAGGUGAACAUACUGUUGAGCUUUUUUUUUUUUUUUUUUUUGAUAGACCAGUGAUCACUAAAUCUGAAUUCUUUUUAAAGUUGAUCAUGUCUUGAAUGCUUAUGAUUUCCUUGGUGGUGGGCCUACUGAGAGGAAGUGAGCUAAUCGGAUUAUAUACCUGAGGAUAUCUUCAUGGAGGAGACUCAUGGUUAGAAAAUGCUGGGUACAAGGAGGUCCAUGUAAUUCAUGUGAUCUUGGGGAGGAAGGACUGGUAAAAAAGCUGGGUUUCCGAGAGAACAUUCCAGAUAACCUGCACUAGGAUCACUUGGAGAUGCUUGUCACAUGCCCUACCCCAGAUUCUGGUGGACUAGGGAAUCUAUCUUUCAUAGGCACCCCCAAGUGGCCACUUACAGGGAGGUUAGAUCUAAAGGGGUGUCAGGAAGGGCCGGGGGAGGCGAAGGAAGGAAGGAAAGGAGCUGCUUUCACAAUAUGCUCUUAAAGGAAUUUUUCUUCCACUUUUGGCCACUCUGUUUUUUGCCAUCUGGGCCCCGCAAAACCCAGACCAACCCAAAUAUUUUGAAAUUUCCUUGAAGGACCAAGUGAUUGGAUUUUUGACUUCUUAGCAAAAUCUAUGUAAAUAAUCUUCAAAUUUGGUGAAGAGUUAACAGACAAUACUUUGGCUUCCUGGUAGCCCUUUAACACUUCACAUUGACCUUGGGUACAGUGAUUUAUUUUCCUUAAAUCCUACGACGCAGUUGCAUCCAAAACUACAGCUUGUUAAAAUACACAGGAUUGUUUCAUACAGCCUGGAGAGGCUGGGCCCUGGUGAGGUAGGUCAGUUAUUCCCUCGGGCAACAGGAGUCACUUGCCCGGGAAUAUCAAAGCCUCGCUUGUUAUUUGCACAGGCUGUGUUGAAACAUUUACUGUAAUUCUGUCCAGGAAGAGAAACUGAAAUAUUGUGUAAGCAAUAUGUACUUUUCGGCUAAAUGUUUUUUAAAUCGCUUAGUAUAUUGUAGUCUCCAAGUUCUGCAUGCCUUCUGAUGAAUAAACACGAGUGUUUUAAGUU